AUGGCUUUACGCUGUUCAUUUCAACAAGGUUUCAUUCAUUUACGUAACCAUAAUACCCAUAUUCUUCGUUCGUCCGUAACAAAUGGAUUAGCUUCCACAACUCAGAAUCCAGGGCAAUUAGGUGCUCAACAACAACGAACGUUAGCCACUGCCAAUGAUACAACUUCAUCGAGCAAAACAAAAUCUACGAAAGGCAUUGGUCGUGAAGUUGUAUUUAUUGAUGGCGUUCGUACACCAUUCUUACAGAGUUUUACUGCCUAUAAAGAUUUGAUGGGUUAUCAAUUAGCUCGACAUGCUCUUCUUGGCCUCCUGAAACGAACAAAUAUCGAUAAAUCCGUGCCAGACUAUUGUGUUAUGGGUACAGUUAUUCAAGAAGUUAGAACCUCGAAUAUUGCUCGAGAAGCUUUACUUAGCGCUGGCUUGUCAAAUAAAAUUCCUGCACAUACAGUUACAAUGGCGUGUAUCUCAUCAAAUGUUGCUAUGGCCACAGCGGCCAAGGAUAUUGCUACUGGUCAAAAUGAUAUCAUCAUUGCAGGUGGUGUUGAUUUUAUGUCUGAUGUUCCCAUACGUUAUCCACGAUCAAUGCGAAAAUUAUUAUUAAGUUUAAAUCGAGCUAAAUCAACGCCACAACGUUUAGGACUAGCUACAAAGAUGUUAUCAUUCAAAAACUUUGUGCCUGAAGCUCCAGCUAUUGCUGAAUUUUCUACAGGAGAAAUUAUGGGCCAAUCAGCUGAUCGUUUAGCAGCUGCGUUUAAUGUUACACGCCGAGAACAAGAUGAAUAUGCUAUUCGUUCACAUUUAUUAGCUCAACAAGCAACAGAUAAAGGAUAUCUUGAUGAUAUUAUACCAAUGCAUAUUCCAGGAGCACCGGAUGCUAUUAGUCGUGAUAAUGGUAUUCGAGUAUCAACUAUGGAACAAAUGAAUAAAUUAAAACCAGCGUUUAUUAAACCACAUGGUACAGUCACGGCUGCUAGUUCAUCAUUUCUUACUGAUGGUGCGUCAGCAUCAUUAAUUACAUCUGUUGAUAAAGCCAAAGAACUUGGAUUGAAACCAAAAGCUUAUAUUCGACGAUAUGUAUUUACAUCACAAGAUCCAAAAGAUCAACUUUUACUUGGGCCUACAUACGCAACUGCUAAAUUACUUGAUCAAUGUGGUUUAACAUUAAAUGAUAUUGAUGUAUUUGAAUUUCAUGAAGCUUUUGCAGUAAGAAGAAAAAUCUAAAAGAAGCUUUCUUUUUUGUGAAACUCACAUAUAUUUUCGAAGAAAAUAGUGAGUGUAAGUUGAAUUGUUAGGUUUUUGCGGCUCUCCUGUACCCCACCCCCCCCCUCUCCAUUACAGACA